UAUUUAAAUACAGGUAACUGCGAGCCAAGUGGCGUCGACUCGUAAAAUCUUGGAAAGCUCUGUCAAAAUAUGAACAUAUCAGAAUAAAAGUAAAAAUCAUCUGCUUCGAAAUAAAAAAGCAAAACGUUUCAUUUAUUAUAAUACUAAUGGAUUUAGAUAGAUUGAAUAAACACUCCGUGAUGAAAGGAUUUUUGAUAUUUCUUUAUGCGGUAUUGGCUAUAAAUUCUGUGGACAGUCAAGAUAGUAAACAAAGAAUAUGUUCAAUCGAAUGCACGAAAUGUUUGAAUGGUAACUUAAAAAGUGAAGAAAAGAAAAUGGUGAGCGAAGAACAGGAAAUAGGCCCAAAUUGUACAAAAGUUGAGAAGAGUGGAAAAAUACAGGAAAUGCAAAACACCAUACAGAACCUCGUUACCAGACUGGAAAUAACGACAAGAGAAAAUGAAGAGUUGAAACGUAGAUGCAACAAGGUCAUACAUAACAACUGCUCUGAAGACGAAUUCAAAUGUGAAUCGUCAGACUAUUGUAUACCACUCAACUAUAAGUGUAAUGGAAAAGCAGAUUGUGCCGACGGAUCCGACGAAAGCGUCAAAAACUGCAAUAUAUUGCGGUUGAGCAAUUCUAUCCACAACAACUAUGGAAUUCUUGAGAUCUACUUAGAACGAGCAUGGAUGGCAGUGUGCGAUGACAGUUUUACCAAUAUUGAUGCUAUUGUGGCAUGCCGCCAGCUGAACUUUAACGAUGGCAGGCUCCAAAAAGGUUCAGCUCUCGGAAUUAAUGAAGCACCACUUAAAGCAGUGAAGUUCCAGUGUAUCGGUACUGAAUCUAGCAUUAAUAAAUGCAAUAUGGCUGUGAGCAGCAUCUGCCUCUCAAACAAUUAUGUCACCUUAUUCUGCAGUAGGACAGUCAUCAUAGAAAAAGACUUUCCGGAAAUCCGAAUAAAAGAUGGUCAAAGUUCGGGUCUUUUAGAAGCUAAUCAAUACGGAUUCUGGGGACCGAUAUGCGACGCUGGCUGGACCAAUAUGGAAGCUCAUGCUGCGUGCCGACAACUCGGAAAAGCAGGUGGUUACGCUUAUUACGCGAUCACAGAUUCUGACUAUCCUAUGGUGGUUGGAAGAUUCAACUGUUCAGAUGAUGUAGAUGCUCUUAAUGAAUGCGAUUUCAAAGGAUUUGGGGAAUACCUUGGCUGUCAUUACCCGAUAACUAGAGGUUCCAGACGGGCAGCAGGCGUAUUUUGCUAUGAUCACCAAGAUGACUUACAAUUUCGACUCUCCGAUCGCUGGUAUGGUAGAGUACAGGUUAAACACAAUGGUGAAUGGGGUCGCGUCUGCAACACUAACUGGGGCAACAAAGAAGCCAGUACCCUAUGUAAACAGCUCGACUAUAUUGACGGACGGGCAGAAAACAUUCCAAGCAAAAGUCAUGAAAUGAUACGCAUGGAUAAUGUAAAUUGCAGCGGGACGGAGAGCUCUAUAUUAGAAUGCAAUCAUCGCUCUAGCUGGACAGAUUCUUUAGGACCAUGUAACGAUGCAAGAGCCAUUUGCAAUACAACAAUACCUCUCAAACCGAGAAACUUGCGUGCAACAGCAAGAGGUCCAAAUAAGAUUAAAAUAACAUGGGACGCCCCUGAAGAUUUCAAACAAAUUAUGAAGUACACACUCUACUACAAUGACUCACGAAAACAUACACAUGGACAGGUGAAAAUACUUCCACCGGCCACGAAAUACAUUCUGACGGAGCUCGUACCUGACACAAUAUAUCAUAUACAACUUGCUGCAUGGAGCGUCAGUGGUCUUGGAGCGCGUACUAUUCUUGUGCAAGCCAAAACACCAGAAAUUAUUCCAAACAAGCCUAAACGCGUACUAGUGCUAGCUGUCAACUCUACGACUAUUUAUGUUGACUGGCAACCUCCAAAGGAUCACAAUGGAAUGAUUCGAGGUUAUUACAUCUAUUAUAAUCAGGUAGUUGACUAUGAGCCAAUACCAGGCAAUGAGAAAGUCCUAGACGUUGACGACGAAAAUAAAAAAGAAGCUGUAAUAACCGGUUUACUGCCAGACACUCGGUACCAGGUGACAGUCGCAGGAUAUACAAGACGUGGUGUUGGUAUUAAAAGUCGCCCACAAAUAAUUCGUACAAUGGGACCAGUGCCCUCGGCACCACGAAAACUGAGGGCCCAACAUGUCUGGAAUGCAACUGCCAAGAUAUCCUGGUGGAAACCUGAAUUUCCAAAUGGAGUCAUCAAGGGUUAUAAAUUGUACUGGGGACCUAAAGGACAUGUGUAUGAACAUAUUAUUUUAGAAGAAACCGUUCAUGCAUGGUAUUCCCCGCCACUAGAUCGUGGUGCUCUGUAUCAGUUCCGUGUUUAUUCGAGGAAUGAGAUUGACUAUGGAGAGCGGGCGGUGACUGAACUUGUUAUCCCUGAUUAAGAUUACCGUGCCCGACAACGACGCAAAUUUCCGCAAAUGAAAACAACUACAGAAUGUACAACCACAAAAACAACAACGCAAAAAACAACGCCAAGCACAAUAACAAUAAUUAACAACAACUACGGCCAUCCUAUCUGCUACGAUCGAAUGGGAAACGAAAUUUGCGGUUCUCGUAAUCGAAAAAAUCCUGAUGCUUUAGAUAUAAGAACCUGUAGAGCAUUGUAUAACAGUUGGCAUUGGAGACCUUUCGCCGUUGACUUGAAGAAAAGAUCAAUAAAGGACUAUGCUAUAAACAGCGGUUUGUUAUGACUGGUCGAAUCAAGUUGUAGUUGCACCUACAUUGUGCACAUAAUAUAUAGAAAACUGCCUUAAAUGAUUACCAGAUCAAAACUGCAUUAACAUUACAAGGAUAAAGUAACUGAUGAUGAAAAAAAUUAUUAUAUAAUGAAAGAUGGACCUUUUAGGGACAUAGAUAAUACAGUGAAAAUAUUUAACAUUUAGUUUCUAUGAUUAGACAAGGAUCAUAUUAUAAAACCUACGCCUCAGGCAACUACGAGGGUAAGCCGCUCUGCAGCACUGUUUUGUAUACCAUUUUCAUUAAGUCUUGCAAAAGUAAGCUGUUUAGCUUUGGUCAAUAUAGCAAGUUUUGAAAGUAUUCCACAAUUCUACAAUAUUUUCGGCUGAAUUGUAGUGUAUUGGGGAAUAUAUGAAACGUUUCGAAAGUAUGCUAGUAUUGUGCAUUAUUUUUUACCGACACAUUGUGUAUUUUAGGCGUGAGGUGUUGUUUUUGUUUUGGUGAAUAUGUGACAGUUUUGAAAAUAUGUCUGAAUUUUACAUUACAAAAAAAUGCUUUAUUGAAAAUGUGCUGACAGUUUGCAAUAUUUUGAGUGUUGCUUUUUUGUACUAUUGAAUGUUAGCUAUGCUAAAAAUGUAUUUUUGCUUUUUUACGUACGUUAAAGAAUAUGAUCAAACUUAUGAAAAUAUGCAAAGAAAAAUACGAUUUCUGCUAGUAUGUAGUAGUAAAGAUAUGAAAGCUUUUGACAAGGCUGCAAUGUUUUUGAACAUGUAUCUAUGCUUAUGGUUUUAUAAAAAUAAAGAUGUCAGAAAAAGCUAAUGU